GUUCGUGGUCGUGGUGUAUAAAUUCGUUGUCCUAUGAAUGUGAACAUUGUGAACUAUGAGUCUAAAAUUAGUAAAAUCUAAAUUUGAUAUUAUUUCGACAUGCAUUACGUUUCGGAUCGAAGAGUAAUAUGUUACAAUAACCAUUAAUGCCGGGAUUAAACGGUAACCUAAAUGGCAGACGUACAACUUCAAUCCCACGAGCUAGACACAAAAGACGAUGACAAUAAGACUGUCGUUCUGUCAGACGUCGUCAACCGUGUAAACGAACCAAUCGUUUACACUGACACCGACCUGAUUUCGGAUGUGAAUCUUCUAUCGAUAUCCGAAAAUAACGUCUAUAGCGGCGAUGUAGCGCAAAACGAUUUGCCCUGUUUGAAUUCUAUAUCGUCGUCGACUUCCUCAUCGUCGUCUAGUCAAUGUAAGCCGUCGUGUUCGUCUAGUGAUGUAAAUAAUAGCCACCUUGCCGAAGGUUUACAACAAAUUAACGGUGUCAAAUAUGUUUGCUAUAAAAACGAGCAACAAAUGAAAGAUAUUAUGCGGUUAAUACAAAAAGACCUAUCUGAACCGUAUUCAAUUUACACUUACCGUUAUUUCAUACACAAUUGGCCUAAACUGUGUUUUCUUGCUGUAGACGUAGACAAAAGCGUCGGAGCAAUUGUAUGUAAGUUAGACGCACACAGAAAAGUUAAAAGAGGUUAUAUUGCAAUGUUGGCAGUGGAUGAAAAUUAUCGAAAACAGCAUAUCGGUUCCAACUUAGUAUUGAAUGCUAUUGAAGCUAUGGUGAAUGAUGGAGCUGAUGAGGUUGUGCUUGAAACAGAAAUCACCAAUAAGCCAGCAUUACAAUUGUAUGAAAACUUAGGCUUUGUUCGAGAUAAACGCUUAUUUUGCUACUAUUUGAACGGUGUGGAUGCCUUACGUUUAAAAUUAUGGCUCAGAUAAGUUGCAGUGGUACAUUUAAAUUAUUAAAACGUUAUGCGGCAAAUAAAUAUACACAGUAAAUCUUCUUUUAUACUGUGCAUAACACUAUGUGUAGAUUUAGUUCAUUUGAUGCAUAUAUAUUCAUAUAUAUAAUAAUUAUGGUGUUUAUU